AUGAAGCGCCUGCAGGUUGUGCUCGGUCACCUGUCAGGCCGCCCGGAGCCGGGCUGGGCUCUGGGCCUUCAGGCCGCCCCAUGUUCGGGCUCCGCGCCCGCAGCCCCCUCCAGGGCACCCGCCGACGACAUCGUGGUGGUGCACGGGCGGCGCACGGCCAUCGGCAAGGCCAGCCGCGGUGGCUUCAAGGACACGACGCCAGACGAGCUGCUGGCUGUCGUGAUGACAGCCGUGCUGCGGGACGUGCGGCUGCCGCCCGGGGAGCUGGGUGACAUCUGCGUGGGGAAUGUCCUGCAGCCAGGGGCCGGUGCUGUCAUGGCCAGAAUUGCCCAGUUUCUAAGUGACAUCCCAGAGACGGUGCCUUUGUCUGCGGUCAACAGGCAGUGCUCGUCGGGGCUGCAGGCCGUGAUGAACAUCGCAGGUGGAAUCAGCCAGGGCUCUUAUGACAUUGGCAUGGCCUGUGGCGUGGAGUCUAUGUCCCUGGCCGACCGGGGCAACCCUGGCAACAUUACCUCCCGCCUGGUGGAGAACAGUCAAGCCAGAGACUGUCUGAUCCCCAUGGGGAUUACGUCGGAAAACGUGGCGGAGCGAUUCGGCAUCUCCCGGGAGAAGCAGGAUGCCUUUGCUUUGGCUUCCCAGAAGAAGGCGGCCAGGGCCCAGAGCCAGGGGUGUUUCCAGGCUGAGAUCGUGCCCGUGACCACCACCAUCCAGGACAACAAGGGCAAUGAAAAGUCGGUCACCGUUUCCCAGGAUGAAGGCAUCCGAGCCGGCACCACGCUGGAAGGGCUCGCCAAGCUGAAGCCAGCCUUCAAGAAAGAUGGGUCCACCACUGCCGGUAACUCCAGCCAAGUGAGCGAUGGAGCCGCUGCCAUCCUGCUGGCGCGCAGGGCCAGAGCUGAGCAGCUGGGCCUCCCCAUCCUCGGCAUCCUGCGGGCCUACGCCGUGGUGGGGGUGCCCCCCAACAUCAUGGGCAUCGGCCCUGCCUAUGCCAUCCCCGCGGCAUUGCAGAAGGCAGGGCUAACUGUGAAGGACGUGGACAUUUUUGAGAUCAAUGAGGCCUUUGCCAGUCAGGCUACUUAUUGUGUGGAGAAGCUGGGGAUUCCCCUGGAGAAAGUGAAUCCCCUCGGGGGAGCCAUCGCCUUGGGGCACCCGCUAGGAUGCACAGGGGCCCGCCAGGUCAUCACUCUCCUCAAUGAGCUGAAGCGCCGAGGGAAGAGGGCUUACGGCGUGGUGUCCAUGUGCAUUGGCACUGGAAUGGGAGCUGCUGCUGUCUUUGAGUACCCGGGGCCCUGAGGCCUCAGCUCAGGUUGGGGGGGGAGGGAGGAGGCCUUGGGGGCACACUCGGAGCCCUGCGGAGCCACGGGCCCUGUGGGGAGGGGGGCUCAGGCCACCCUCCCAUCUCCUCUCUUCCCUCCCUUCCUUCCUUGCUGGGAGCAGCUGUCGUUUCCUCGGGGGUGCACCAGCGGCCCCCUGGUUCUUGUGCCUUUUUAAAAGAAAUGUUCUCUUGCAUAAAUAACUAAAAUGAUGGCUGGCACCACGGCCUGUUCACUGGCCCGUGGCUUGGUCUAGGCUUCCACCUCUGUCCCCACCAGCCAGCUGAGGCCGUCUUCUUCAUGUUCUAGACUGGGCAAGGGCGGGCAGGGAAGGGGGCAUCCAGGGGUUGGGGUCAUGCCAUCUGUGAAAUCUCUUUAAUCAGAACAAUAAACGCUCAUGACUGAU